CCUUUCGUCCACCCCCCCCGCUCGUCUCAAGCUUGAGCUAGCUUGAAACCACGAAGGGCCUCGACAAAUUCCACCUCCCGACUCGCCAGUCGAAACGGCCGAACACUGGAAAAACUUUGAUGGAGCUCUCCCACCACCUUUUCAAGACGUACAUUUUCAUCAUGUCAGAUGCUUCUCUUCUUUGGAGGCGUGCAGCGGGGUACUGCUUCUGUGCAAUCAUGUGCAUUGUACAAAGAUGUGCAAUUCCCCAUGUUUUGUGAAUAGCAUACCUUAAAAAGUCUCGAAGCAUCCAACCAUCUCUUCCGCAGCUUAUGCAUGCAAGUCACUUAGAGGCGUGCAAUUGAACUCUUAAAGGCAUCCUGAGAACCAACAGCUAUAGCCCCAACCACAUGCUGGCCAGCAGCCCGAGGCUAGUGGAAGUGGUGAUUGAACACCCGUGAACACCCUCUCCUACAGGACAAAGGUGGAUGGUGGGUCGUGACAUGUGACCAAGACGCUCACAAAAGCUGGUCCCAAACAGCAGUGGAUUGUGCAGAAUUUCUUGGUGUACAUUAUGUAUAUAUGAUAAUAUUAUGCAAUGUGUGAGUCUUUGUUUGUUUGUCAAGACCCUGACGAGCAUUUGACGUGCUGGAUUGGUUUGGCUUGAUGUUCGAGAUCCGCAGCUAGCUUGGCUACAGUGGCAACCUGAGCAUAAGUCCUUGAUUGCCAACUUGUAAGCAACAGCCUGUCGGACCCAUGGCAAGCAAGCCAGAUCUUGUGACGUUCAACGUCAGUGGCAAGAUCUACCAGGUGCUGUGGGAGCCUACGCUGAGCCUGCAUCCUAAUUCGCUCCUCACGCAGUUGGCGGAAGACAAGCAGGAUGACAAGGAGAUCUUUGUGGAAGGGGACCAAGAUCUCUUCAAGUACGUGCUUGAGUAUCACCGCGAUCGGAAGAUCCUUUUGCCUCAACACGUCUCCAUGGCAGCCGUGCAGCGAGAGCUGAUGCGCUUCGGAUUGGAUGUGAGCCCUCGAGAGUGGGGAGCUCUUGACAAAGCCUGUGCUUGUCAAACACUGCUUGGUUCUUGCAUGCUUGGAUGUGCUUCUCACCGCACUUGGCGUACCUACUGGAUCUGGCAGCGGCUCCUGCCAGCUUCCAGAAGGCCACUCCUUUGCACAAAUUACAAGGUGUUUCUAUUCCGGCAACCUUUGCGGUGCUAUUCCAAACUUCUGGAUACUGUAGACUAUAUUUGUCUUUUGGGAUAUGAACUGAAGCGUAGAGGCCCCAAACUCAUGGUAGGUCCUGGCUGGUAAAGAUCCCACAGUGCUCCAUUCUGUUUUUGUUGCUUUGCAUCAUGGGGUCCAUUAUCAUCCCAUACCUACAAAUACUCAUACUCUCCCUCCGCGUUUGACUGUAGAAUAUAUUAAGCACGCAAACGAGACGCACAGAGACACAUUGCAUUUGCACUGCAUGGACCACAUCGAGCUUGCCAACAGGAGCGCAGCCUUUAUUGUUUGGUACCCGAAACCCAGUGCUCAAAGACAUCUCCACAUCUCCCCCCAAAAAUCAGCAGCCGAGCCUGCUCCAGACCUGCUUCUUUAAUUCAGGUCUUGGAUGGGUUUCCUGAUUCACGGGGCUGUUGCCCCACCGUGUCAGCGUCCGAAGCAACACCGAUCACGUCACCUUUCGAUAGCUUCCACACAACGGCCCAAACUCAGCCUGUUUGGGCAGAGGAAGAAGUGGCCCAAAUGGUUGGAAGUCCAGAACGUUGAAACACGACGUUGGGCGUUCGUGCCUUGUGUGUUGAUUGCAACAAGAGCUGAUGGAACUGGCCCAACCUCUUGUUUUGUUGGUUUGUGUGCUUUGGCGGAAUCCUGCGGGCAGUCUUACUUUUGUUGAGCAGUCACAGGCCAGUUGGAUUAUAUAAAGGAUGAAGUCAUGAAGUCCCUUUUCGUGUGUGAUCAUUGUUUGUCCAACAUGCUGUUCUAGAUUCUAGAAGAACAUAUGUAUCAAAUCUAGAUAAAUCAAGCGGUGUUUUUGUAUCAAAGAGCCAAUAUUUGCUAAGUAUUUAGUUUGCGUUCAGCAUGUUUAAGCAAGGAUUGUGCAAGAUGGUGUCCUGAAGAAGCUUGGCGAGCAAAAGGACGAAAAUGCUGCACUACUGCUGGUGAGCAUAACCGCACCGGUUCUGAUACAGAAGGCCGCGUCAUCAAGAGGAAUGACCAUUUCUGCUUCUUUUGAUGAGGUUCGAAAGCAAUACAGCUCCUCUCUGGAACACAACUCCGUGUUGCAAAGUCUGUUCAGAGGCUUCGAUGAAUCGCGAUUCAAAGAGUCAAUGACGGCUUUGGCCGCUUCGCUGGGAUAUACAGCGACCUUUCCGCACAGCUAUGGCCCUUAUGCACAUUGCUGUAGCACCAUGGUUACUUGGACACCAGCGGGCUAAGCACCGCCAUCCUAUUGCACCGCACCCGCGGAUUGCUUCGCCCUGUUGGACAA